UAUCGAUUUGCCCAGUCUUCGGCAAGAACUCAAACAGUCAACAGUGAAAAAAGAUAACACGACGCAAUUUAUUUUUAUUUUCUCGAGCGAUACACAAAGAAACUUUUAUUUCAACUCGUAGGAAUAAGACGAUAAUCUGCUUUUAUUACGAAACUGCAUUAUAGAGAGGUCAAAUGUGUCGCCAACUGGAAGUGAUCGGGAGGAGUUAAUCGUGAAACAUCACAAAAAAAAUCCUUAUCAAGCUUAGAAAAUCGUGAGAUUAGCUGCGAGAAAGUGAAACCCAAAAUUCAAUUUCAGUGCGUAAAAGAAUCGGAAAGUUUUGAGGUGACACAUCGGAUCACUUUUAUUUUCGGUAUAUUGCUUGGCGCGGUGUGAUUCUGCUUGUUACCGCACAUCGAGGAAGACAUCAUGCCACCAUCCCGCCUGGACGGCCUCUACCGAUCGUUACUUUUGACCAAAUUUUUCUGCAAAGGAUGGGGCAAGCCGGAAAAUCUUGAGAGGUUGUUCGCCUUUCGGAAGAUUAUCUCCAAUCGGGCUGCUUGCUCCAAGCUGGUUCCCCCAGACUACCCCAUCGAAAUCACCAAAGAAGAGUUGACCUCCGACUGCAAGAUCCUUGAGGGAAAGUUUAAAACCCCGUUGGAGAUAUACCUUCCUGGUCUGGUGCCGGAUGUUGUCCAAAAUGCUCACUUCCAGAUAAUGCUCCCUCACAAAUGGAACGACGAACGAUUCAAGCCCAUCUGCAUUCACCUGGCCGGAACGGGAGAUCACUACUUUUGGAAGCGCAGAAAUCUAAUUGCCAAACCAUUGUUGAAAGAAGCAAACCUCGGUGCCAUCAUCUUGGAAAACCCAUUCUAUGGAGCCCGUAAACCCAAGGAUCAAAGGGCAUCCAGCUUGCACAACGUGUCGGACAUUUUUGUCAUGGGUGGCUGUCUGGUGCUAGAAUCGUUGGUACUGCUUAACUGGUGCGAACAGAACGGGUACGGCCCUCUCGGCAUAACUGGUCUAUCAAUGGGUGGUCACAUGGCUUCCCUAGCAGCCACCAACUGGCCCAAACCCCUCGUCGUGGUACCUUGUCUUAGUUGGUCUACCGCUUCUUCGGUAUUCACCGAAGGAGUUAUGAGCACUUCGAUUAAUUGGGACGUUUUGGAAACACAGUACUUUUCCGACGGUAACUACCGGGAAAGACUUUCUAAGAUGGUCACCGUCGUUGAUGACGCUUUCGUAGCCGGUCAAACUUUCAUCAAGAACUUCAACCAAUCCGUUGAAGAACUCAAGCAGGACAUCUGUCAAACGAACGAUUUGAUCAAUGAAGACCCCAGCCCAGAUGUUAAUCUAACCGUAAUCCGCGAAACUACGCCAGAACGAGAACAAAAACGAAUUCACAUUAAUCGUCGAAAUGUGCUCAAUCUUUCCGAACCUUUGCUGAACAAACUACUUUCGGACGUUAAGUGCGAACUGGAUCAGACGGAAAUCGACGAGCUGAAUCUCAAAAUUCAGAUAGCAUUGAAAAACUACCAAGAAGAAAAAAAGUCUGACAGCGAUAAACUGAUUCUGGAAGUUAAAGCUGAAGAUACGUCGGAAGCUAUUCCUUCAAAAUCCUUGGGAAGCAAAAUUAUGGAAUUCAUCAGCUGGAGCCAAUCUACCAACGUAAACACUAAUCCCAACUCGAAUGAUACAACCUCAUCGACACCUCCAACUGAGCUGACAUCGAUGGAAAAGCGGGAACCUAUCGACACCACAAAGACACGCUGGUGGGAACGGGAAGCGCUCCAGUUCAUGCGCGGCAUGAUGGACGAAUGUACUCAUCUGAAAAACUUCUCAGUUCCGUACGAUACCUCGCUGAUAAUCGCCGUGUGCGCCAAGGAUGACGCAUACAUUCCGCGGGACAGCUGCUCUAGCUUGGAAGAAAUUUGGCCCGGAGCGGAAGUUCGAUACCUGGAUGCCGGACAUGUCAGCGCUUACGUGCUGCACCAGAAACUCUUUCGAUCAUGUAUUAUUGAGGCGUUCGAACGGGCUCGCAAAAAAAUGAUUCCAGAGAGUGAAUGCGUUCAUGGUGAACCCUCUCGCACUGACACCGAUUCCAGCAAACAGAAAUAAGCUGGAUGGCAAGGAAAACCGUAAAUUAUCCGUCUUUCGGAUAUGGGCUGUGAUCAUCAAUGGGAAAUCAAAUCGAGUCAUACAAAACCAAAACUGGGAUUUCAUUCCGAACUAGGCGUAACCAGCCUAAAGAUUGGCCAGGAACAAAAUGUACUUUUCGUCAUCAGCAAAAAUAUGUCAGAAACAGAAAUACGAACCAUAGUACCAGAACCAUCGGAGUAUUGUGAAGGACAUGAUGAAGUAACAAUCGUUUUGAAAGGAUGCACUUUGGGACAUUUUUGAAGCUUCCGGAUAUUAACCGGAAGUAGACAUUAUCGCACAUGCAGCAACCAAAAUGAGCACAGUAUUUUUUGGAGUCAGUCAAUACCAGAGACAAUGUAUUUAGAAUAGUAAUUCACGUUACAUGAAAAACGUUCAGUUCAAAACGCUUGUACAAUUAACAUUUAUAUUACUAGAAACAUAAAUAACACGCUUUUAGAAAUCAAGUAGUAAAAGUAGUGCUACUGAAAAA